AUGAACGCAAGCCCCCCUGCAGGAAGCGCCCUGGCACCUGGUGGAGCCACCGGACCCACCACCCCAAAGAAGGGCCCACCCAAGUUCAAGCAGAGGCAGACCCGUACAUUCAAGAGCAAGGCUCCCAAGCCAGGCCAGAAGGGCUUUGGUGACGACAUCCCCGGCAUGGAGGGUCUUGGCACAGACAUCACAGUGGUGUGCCCAUGGGAAGCCUUUGGCGACAUGGAGCUCAGCGACUUGGCCAAAUACGGCAUCAUCUAA